AGUAAAGAUCCGACCGCCAACGAAACGACCAUACCAACAUGAAGUUCCUGUGCAGUGUUUUAAUCCUCGCCAGCGUUCUGGCUGCCAACGCCAAGCCCAAUGUACAGUUGCAGAUACAGAGUGCUUUGGAUCAGUACCUGGUGCAUGCCCGCGAUCUGGAUGCCACCGUUUCCGCGGAUGUGACCACCCAGUGCUUCAACCUCUACCUGCCCAUGCUGAACGAGGUGGCCGCCACUUUCUCGAGCUCCUACCAAGGAUGCAUUAGCACCGCCAACGCCGAGACCGCCAAUCUGACUGCCCAGGCCGAUAAGCAGCAGAAGAUCUACCAGUCGGACGUCUCCAGCCUCUGCAGUGCCUUCACCGCCUGCAACAGCGACAACGACACCACCACCUUCUUCAACUGCUACGCCAGUGCUGCCGAGAGUGACGUCUCUGUGAUCUACGACAUUGCCACCAAUGCCGCCAGCUCGGCCACCACCCUGAGCAUGGGCAUCCAGGCCAUCCAGGCCACCGAGUACCAGUGCACCAACACCACGGAGAGCAACUACGUCCGCGACACGGCGGCCACCUACGAUCUGCUGGACAGCUGCCUGAAGUACGGCGUUCCCACAACCUCCACCGCCGCCCCCUCCCCAUCCCGCCCGGUGGCUAGCUCGAGCAGGGCUCCUGUCACUGAUGGCACCACUGCUCUUGCCUCGUCCUCUGCCGCUGUGACCACCGCUGCCCCCGGAACACCUGCUCCAGUCAGCACCGCUGCCCCCGGAACUGCUGCUCCGGUUACCACCGCUGCUCCCGGAACUGCUGCUCCGGUCACCACCGCUGCUCCUGGCACUCCGGCAUCUUCUUAGAGGCCACCAAUUAUAGUAAUUGCAAGCAAUAAAUGAGCAUUUGAAAAA